AUGAACAUAAGGGCGGUGGCACACGGCAGAAAAAGUUCUUGGGGUCAACUUUUUCGCAGCAUCAAGACCGACCAAACCCGCCUUUUAAUUUCUCCAGGCCAGCAGCCAAAGAAUUCGCACUGCUUGCGAUUUCUGUCGCUCAAGGAGCUGCAGGGAAUCAUGGCGACUUUUGCACGGCCCGUGGCCUCAUCAAUCGCGGGGAUCGAUUUUGGAGUCUAUUCAGAUGAAGAUAUCAAAGGCAUCUCAGUAAAGAGAAUCCAUAAUACUCCGACCUUGGAUUCCUUCAACAAUCCCGUUCCUGGCGGUUUAUACGAUCCAGCUCUGGGUGCUUGGGGUGAUCAUGUCUGUGCCACUUGUCGCCAGAACGCCUGGUCUUGCACAGGCCAUCCCGGACACAUUGAGCUUCCCGUUCAUGUUUACAACGUUACCUUCUUUGACCAACUAUUUCGCUUACUCCGGGCGCAAUGUGUCUACUGCCAUCGGUUUCAAAUGCCACGGGUUCAAGUCAAUGCCUAUGUCUGCAAACUUCGACUUUUGCAAUACGGAUUGGUCGACGAAGUCGGUGUUAUAGAGUCUAUGGGAACCGGCUCUGGAAGCAAGAAGAAGGCGGCGAAGGAUGCAGACGAUUCUGGCAGUGAGGACGAGGAUGACGAGGAUCUCGUCGCUCGCAGAAACGCAUACGUCAAGAAAGUGAUUCGGGAAGCGCACGCGGCCGGCAGAUUGAAUGACAUCCUAUCUGGUGCGAAGAAUCCGAUGGCAACGGAACAGAGGCGAGACUUAGUCAAGCAGUUCUUCAAGGAUCUCGUCGCUAUCAAAAAAUGCAGCAGUUGCAGCGGUAUUUCACCAGCUUACCGGAGAGAUCGUUCCUCAAAGAUUUUCCGAAAGCCAUUGCCCGAAAAGUCCCGGCUGGCCAUGGUACAAGCCGGAUUCCAAGCACCUAACUCCUUAAUCCUUCUCCAGCAGGCCAAGAAACUGAACAUGAAGGAGAAAGAGGCAAUGGCCAAUGGCGUCUCUGAUUCAGCCAGCGCCACAUCGGAAACACAUGGAGCGGAGGAAGAGGUGGCCCGUGGUAAUGCCGUUGUUGCAAUGGCUGAAAACAAAGACCAAGCAGAUGGCGAUGGUGGACAAUACAUGCCGUCCCCUGAGGUACACGCUGCGAUAAUUCUGCUCUUCGAGAAGGAGAAAGACAUUUUGAACCUGAUCUACAAUUCUCGGCCUCUGCCGAAGAAAGAGUCCCAGGUCAGCGCAAACAUGUUCUUCAUCAAAAAUAUUCUGGUACCACCGAACAAAUACCGACCUGCGGCCCCUCAAGGGCCGGGUGAGAUCAUGGAGGCACAGCAAAACACGCCUUUGACCCAAAUCCUCAAGAACUGUGACAUUAUCAAUCAAAUCAGCAAAGAAAGACAAAAUGCAGGUGCUGAUUCUGUCACUCGGAUGCGGGAUUAUCGUGAUCUUCUACAUGCGAUAGUUCAGCUACAAGACACUGUCAAUAGCCUGAUUGAUAGUGAGAGAGGCGCUUCUGGCGCGUCAGCAGGCCAGGCCGCCAACGGUAUCAAGCAAAUCCUGGAAAAGAAGGAGGGUUUGUUCAGAAAGAACAUGAUGGGCAAGCGUGUCAACUUCGCAGCUCGAAGUGUCAUCUCUCCCGACCCCAACAUUGAAACGAAUGAGAUUGGUGUUCCCCUGGUCUUUGCGAAGAAGCUCACGUAUCCCGAGCCUGUGACCAACCACAACUUCUGGGAGAUGAAACAAGCAGUCAUCAAUGGACCGGACAAGUAUCCCGGUGCCACGGCAAUUGAGAACGAAUUGGGCCAAGUUACCAACCUCAAAUUUAAGAGUCUUGACGAGCGUACCGCGUUGGCCAACCAGUUGCUCGCCCCGUCGAACUGGCGGAUGAAGGGCUCACGUAACAAGAAGGUCUACCGACAUCUUACGACAGGUGAUGUUGUCUUGAUGAACCGGCAACCUACACUUCACAAACCAUCUAUCAUGGGCCAUAAAGCUCGUGUUUUGGCAAAUGAGAGAGUUAUUCGAAUGCACUAUGCUAACUGCAACACCUACAACGCCGAUUUCGAUGGUGACGAGAUGAACAUGCACUUCCCCCAGAAUGAACUCGCUCGUGCCGAAGCUAUGAUGCUUGCUGAUGCCGAUCACCAAUAUCUUGUCGCGACAUCUGGUAAGCCCUUGAGAGGUCUGAUUCAGGAUCAUAUUUCCAUGGGAACAUGGUUUACGUGUCGUGAUACUUUCUUCAACGAGGAAGAUUAUUAUGAGCUGCUGUAUAGCUGUCUUAGACCGGAGAACUCUCACACUAUUACGGAGCGGAUUCAACUCGUAGAGCCUACUGUGCUGAAGCCAACUCGUCUCUGGACAGGAAAGCAAGUGAUCACAACGAUUCUGAAGAACAUCAUGCCUCCAGGCAGAGCCGGACUCAACCUGAAGAGCAAGUCGUCAACUCCCGGAGAUCGAUGGGGCGAAGGUAAUGAAGAGGGCAGCGUCAUUUUCAAGGAUGGUGAAAUGCUAUGUGGUAUCCUCGAUAAGAAACAAAUCGGUCCUACUGCUGGCGGUCUCGUCGACGCGAUUCACGAGAUCUAUGGUCACACGAUUGCAGGAAGGUUGAUCAGUAUCCUCGGAAGACUUCUGACCAGAUAUCUGAACAUGCGUGCCUUUACUUGCGGUAUUGAUGAUCUCCGCCUGACCAAAGAAGGUGACCAGGUACGCAAGCAGAUCAUUAGCCAAGCCGCCAGCGCUGGACGGGACGUUGCUCUCAAGUACGUUACCCUCGAUCAAACCACAGUUCCUGACCAAGACACCGAACUUCGACGACGAUUGGAAGAUGUACUUCGUGACGAUGAUAAACAGAGUGGGUUGGAUAGCGUCUCGAACGCUCAGAUGGCGAAACUGUCUACCGAGAUCACUAAGGCUUGCCUCCCGAAGGGCCUAGCCAAACCUUUCCCCUGGAAUCAGAUGCAGUCUAUGACAAUCUCUGGGGCCAAGGGUUCAGGCGUCAAUGCAAACCUGAUUUCUUGCAAUUUGGGACAGCAGGUUUUGGAAGGUCGACGUGUACCUGUCAUGAUCAGCGGUAAAACUCUACCGUCCUUCAGGGCCUUUGAUACCCAUCCCAUGGCUGGUGGUUUCGUCUGUGGUCGUUUCUUGACCGGAAUUAAACCUCAGGAGUACUACUUCCACGCCAUGGCUGGUCGUGAAGGUCUUAUCGAUACUGCUGUCAAGACAUCUAGAUCUGGUUACCUCCAGCGUUGUUUGAUCAAGGGUAUGGAAGGUCUUAGAGCUGAAUACGACACCUCUGUGCGUGAGUCUUCGGAUGGUUCUAUCAUUCAAUUCUUGUACGGAGAGGAUGGUCUCGAUAUCACAAAGCAGGUCCACUUGAAGGAUUUCGACUUCCUCACUUCGAACUACGUCUCUAUCAUGUCGUCUGUCAACCUGACGAGCGAUUUCCACAGCCUUGAGAAGGAAGAGGUCACGAACUGGCACAAGGAUGCUAUGAAGAAGGUCCGCAAAUCUGGCAAGGUUGAUGCCAUGGAUCCAGUGCUUUCGCGUUAUCACCCUGGCGGUAACCUUGGUAGUACAUCGGAGGCCUUCUCACAGGCGCUCAAGAAGUACGAGGACAUCAACCCGGACAAGCUUCUUCGAGAUAAGAAGAAGCAAAUCGACGGUCUAAUUAGCAAGAAGGCGUUCAACACCUUGAUGAACAUGAAGUACCUUAAAUCUGUCGUCGACCCUGGUGAAGCAGUCGGAAUUGUUGCUGGCCAGUCAAUCGGAGAACCGUCCACCCAAAUGACUCUGAACACCUUCCAUUUGGCUGGUCACUCUGCGAAGAACGUGACGCUGGGUAUCCCACGUUUGCGUGAAAUUGUCAUGACUGCAAGCGCUCAUAUCAUGACCCCUACGAUGACGUUGAUAUUGAACGAGGAGUUGUCGAAAGAGGAUUCUGAGCGGUUUGCCAAGGCUAUAAGUAAACUGAGCAUUGCUGAGGUCGUCGACAAGGUCCAAGUCAAGGAAAGAAUCUCUUCAACCGGUUCAAGGUCGAAGGUAUACGACAUUGAUAUUACCUUCUUCCCGGUCGAGGAGUAUACCAAGGAGUAUGCCAUCACCACCAAGGAUGUACAGAGCACUCUGCAGAACAAGUUCAUCCCGAAGCUUGUGAAGCUUACUAGAGGCGAGUUGAAGAAACGAAAUGACGAGAAGACAUUGAAGAGCUUCUCGACUGCUCAGCCUGACAUUGGUGUUUCGGUGGGCGUUGUAGACGAAGGCCCGAGGGGACCAGACCGUGAGGCCGAGCCUAUGGAGGACGAUGUUGAAGAUGAUGAAGAUGAUGCCAAGCGGGCCCGGAGCGGCCAGAACCGGUCGAACCAGGUUUCGUACGAAGGGCCCGAGGAUGAAGAAGUCGCCAUGGUCAGAGAGCAAGAUGAUGAGGAAGAGGAUGAGGACGAGGAAGAGCAAACGGGUAAUCGCCAUGAGUCUUCUGACGUCGAGAUGGAGGAUGCUUCUGAUGAUGAAGCGGAAGACCACACCAAAGACACCAAGUUGCGCGAGGAGGAUAUCAAGGGCAAGUACGGCGAGGUUACACAGUUCAAGUUCAACCCCAAGAAGGGCACAACCUGUACCGUGCAACUGCAGUACGACAUCUCCACUCCCAAGCUCCUCCUCCUGCCCUUGGUUGAAGAGGCUGCUCGCAGCGCUGUCAUCCAGUCCAUCCCCGGCUUGGGUAACUGCACGUACGUGGAGGCGAACCCACUCAAGGGCGAGCCUGCACAUGUCAUCACUGAGGGUGUCAAUCUUCUCGCCAUGCGCGACUACCAGGACAUCAUCAAGCCUCACUCGCUCUACACCAACUCGAUUCACCACAUGCUCACACUGUAUGGUGUUGAGGCUGCGCGCGCAUCCAUCGUCCGCGAAAUGUCCGACGUUUUCGAGGGUCACAGUAUCUCCGUCGACAACCGUCAUCUGAACCUGAUCGGUGACGUGAUGACCCAGUCUGGUGGCUUCCGCGCCUUCAACCGCAACGGUCUUGUCAAGGACAGCUCGUCACCCUUGGCAAAGAUGAGUUUUGAGACCACCGUUGGUUUCCUGAAGGAUGCUGUGAUUGAGAGGGACUUUGACAACCUCAAGAGUCCCAGUAGCAGAAUCGUGGUGGGUCGUGCUGGAAUGGUCGGCACGGGUGCAUUCGACGUCCUUGCUCCCGUGGCAUAA